AUGGUCGAGUUCAUGCAGCCGAUUCACCAGCCCCACAGAACCCCAGAUCUCUUAAACGAUGGCCGCCUCACUGCAAACCAGACCCCCCCCCAACCAGCUUCUUCAAGCUGUCGUAUCCCAAGCCAGGGAUCCUCUUGGUCACAAUCGACCGAGCAGAACAGCGGAACUCGCUCCCCUUCCGAAGCCCACUGGGAAGGCCACAACAUCUUCAGCUGGUUCGAUGAAGAGCCCACGCUCCUGGUCGCAAUCGUGACCGGAGCCGGCGAAAAAGCCUUUUGCGCCGGUCAGGAUCUCGUGGAACAAGCCAGCUCGCGCGGCAAACCCAAGACUGGCGCCGAGGCUGCGCGCCGAGGCAAGAAGCCUGUGCUGGCCGCUGUCAAUGGAUUUGCGUUGGGCGGAGGAUUCGAAAUAUGUUUGAACUGUGAUAUGAUUGUCGCCUCCCCUAAAGCUCAGUUUGGACUGCCUGAGGUCGCGGUCGGGCUCUACGCCGCGGCGGGUGGAUUGCCGCGCCUCGUCCGAAUAGUCGGGCUGCCUCUGGCGUCCGAGUUCGCGAUGACCGGUCGCAAAUUGUCGGCGAAGGAAGCGCUGGACCUUGGGUUGAUCAACCGCAUCUCGCAGUCCGCUGGCACGGUCGUGGAGGAGACGAUAGCCCUGGCGCAGGAAAUCACGAAGAACUCGCCAGACGGCGUGAUUGUGACGCGGCAGGGAAUCCGCGAGGCGUGGGGGCAACGCUAG